AUGUGUUUAUGCUUUUUUAUUUCUUUACAUCAACAACAACAACGUUCACGUGUUUCUCCUAGGACUUCGAUAGACCAAACAAUAUAUCCAUAUCAACAAGGACCACCACGAAAUGUUCGUAUUCGACCAGGCUACGAUCGCAAUACUCCAUCAUUACAUCUUCGAAGUUCUAAUGUAUAUGAAGAACCACCACCAUCAUAUGAAGCUGCAGUUACAGAAUUUUCACCCAAAUAUCAAGCGACAUCAUCAUCGUCACCACUUGUAACAACAAAUAUAGAAUUAACAAAUGAACGGCUUUAA